AUGUCAGACACUGAGGAAAUUGUGGAGGAGUACGAGCAGGAGGAGGAAGAGGAGGAGGAGGAGGAGGUGAAUGAGGAGGAGGAAGAAGAAGUAGUUGAAGAAGAGGAGCAGAAUCAUGAUGAAGCAGAGAAGACAGAAGAGCAUGCAGAUGAGAAUGAGCAUGAGGAGUCCAAACCACGGCAUAAGACAACUUACUUGCCAAAUAUUGUUCCUCCAAAGCUCCCUGAUGGCGAGAAGGUGGAUUUUGAUGACCUGCACCGCAAGAGAGUUGAAAAGGAUUUCAACGACCUCCAGACCUUAAUCGAGUUGCACUUCUCCACCCGCCAGAAAGAGGAGGAAGAGCUGGUGGCGCUGCGAAACCGCAUCGAACGCCGUCGGUCCGACAGGGCGGAGCAACAGCGUGUCCGCACCGAGCAGGAGCGCCAACGCCAGGCGCGUCUGGCCGAGGAGAGGGCGAGGCGCGAGGAGGAGGCAGCCAAGCUGCGAGCCGAGGAGGAGGCGAAGAAGAAGAAGAUAUUCACCAACAAGUCCUUCGGCGGCUACCUGCAGAAGGUGGACCAGAAGAAGGGCAAGAAGCUGACGGCGCGAGAGGAGAAGAAGAAGGCCCUGAUGGAGCGCCGGAAGCCGCUCAACAUCGACCACCUGAACCAGGAGAAGCUGGCAGAGAAGGCGCAGGACCUCUGGCAGUGGCUCCAUCAGCUGCACGCCGAGAAGUUCGAGCUGGCUGAAAAGCUCAAGAGGCAGAAGUACGACAUCUACGUGCUCCGGAACCGAGUCAGCGACCACCAGAGGGGCUCCAAAGCAUCCAAGACCUCCCGCGGGGCCAAGGGCAAGUCCGGCUCCUGGAAGUAAGGGCCACUCCGUCGCAGCUGGACGGCCAAGUUGUUUCUGGACUAUUUGGUGCCUAUAUUCCGAGUUGUAUCAUAAAAGCUAUCCCAGGGAUUGUCUACGUAUAAAUAUCUGAUUGAUCUAACGUUGUGAUGCUGGAUUUCACCAGUUCACCUGUUCACAGGCUGUGGUUGAUUAUUAAACCUGACUGAAUGUGUGGGUGGUGUUAAUUUCAC